AUGUUUGUAGCUAACUUCUUAGUACUAGUUAAAAUUGGGGCUUUACAUCCUGAAGAACCUUUAAUUACUGUGGGUCAAAUUUCAACUUUCUUUUACUUUGCUUGGUUCCUUAUAGCUAUUCCUAGUAUUGUGUAUACAGAAAAUACGCUUUUCAGAUUGAACGGCUCCAAAGCCAGGAAAUAA